GAGCGCAAAAUAUCGCGGUUUGCCCGCCUCGCGCUGUUUAAUGUGGAGUGCAGGCGCGUCGCUGCUCAGCUUCACAUCGACACGCAAACACCACCCUGGAGAGUUGAGAAGAAAUCACGAGCAGAACCAUGAGAACUUCCCCGACCUUCUCACUUUCUGUACCACUUUUGGCCGCUUGCUUUCUCGUUGUUUUAUUCUCUGCGGUGAGAGGUGAUUUCUGUAAGGUGAAUGUGUGUCAGAAUGGCGGGACAUGUGUGACUGCAACAGAGAAGAAUUCCUUUAUCUGUAUCUGCCCAGAAGGCUUUACAGGAGACACCUGCAAUGAGACAGAGACUGGGCCUUGUCAUCCUAACCCCUGCACAAAUGAUGGCAUCUGUGAGCCUCAGAGAGGAGAUGUCUUUGGGGGAUAUUUUUGCAAGUGUCCCAAAGGCUUUGAAGGCACCCACUGUGAAAACAAUGUGAACGACUGUGCUGCACAGCCAUGCCAAAAUGGGGGUUCAUGUCAAGAUCUCGAUGGAGAUUUUUACUGCAAAUGCUCGUCCCCUUUUGUUGGGAAAUACUGCCACUUGCGCUGUAUCUCUCUGCUGGGGAUGGAAGGGGGUGGCAUUGCUGAGUCUCAGAUCACUGCCUCCUCUGUGUAUUACGGCAUUUUGGGAUUACAGCGAUGGGGGCCUGAGCUGGCCCGUCUCAACAACAAAGGCCUGGUGAAUGCAUGGACAUCGGCGACACACGACAAGAACCCUUGGAUUGAGCUGAACAUGCAGCGGAUAAUGCGUUUCACUGGUAUCAUCACUCAGGGUGCCAGUCGUGUUGGCACUGCUGAGUUCAUCAAACAUUUUAAAGUGGCUUACAGUUCAGAUGGACACGUGUACACCAUGUACAGAGGGAAUGGUCUGAAGAAGGACGUGCAGGUUUUCGUGGGAAAUGUGGACAACGACAGCACAAAAACCAAUCUAUUUGAGCCUCCCAUCAUUGCUCAGUACAUCCGCAUCUUGCCCAUAGUGUGCCGCAAAGCCUGCACUCUGAGAAUGGAGCUAGUGGGCUGCGAGCUUAGUGGUUGCUCAGAGCCACUCGGCUUCAAGUCACGGCUGAUUGGUGACCAUCAGCUCUCAAGCUCCAGCUCCUUCCGCACGUGGGGCAUUGAGGCAUUUACCUGGCAUCCACACUACGCCCGUCUGGACAAGCAGGGCAAGACUAAUGCCUGGACUGCAGCAACCACCAGCAGAUCCGAGUGGCUACAGGUGGAUCUCAUUUCCCCCAAGCGGAUCACAGGAAUCAUCACUCAGGGAGCCAAAGACUUUGGAAGUGUGCAGUUUGUUUCAGCUUACAAAGUGGCUUACAGUAAUAACGGCCAAAACUGGACUGUGGUACAAGAUGACAAAAAGCACGUUGACAAGAUCUUCCCUGGCAACAGUGAUAACAAUGUGCACAAAAAGAACGUGUUUGACCCGCCUUUCUACGCCCGAUUUGUCCGCGUACUCCCAUGGGAGUGGCAUGAGCGCAUCACGCUGCGAAUGGAGCUGCUGGGCUGUGAGGAUUAAAUCCCUCCAUCCCUCCUUCCUGAGCCACUGAAUGCACUGCUUCACCACCAGCACCAGAGGGCGACAAGUCCACAACAAAGAAACAAAACCCUAAUAACAGCAGCAGGGAAUUGAGCUUAUUAGCACUUCAGGGAUGACCCACUCCUGAAGACAAACCAUGUAGUGUAAGAUCUGUUUUGACAUAAUUACAACUGAUGGUAUAAACUGAAAUUCCAAAAAGAUAACUAAAUGCCAAAUUUUUAAUAAUAUAUGUGUGAUGUAAAAUAUUAAAGAAAAUAUAUGUUUAUUCUUCUUUAACUUACCUGAUGAAUAGACAGUGGUCCAUUCUGAAGUAGGUUAAAUUAUACUUAUCAAAUAUAUUGGGUUAAAAGAGUUUUUGUACAAAGUAAAUGGGUCACGCAUUAAAUAGUCUCAAUGGUGCGUGUGUCAGUUUAGUUAUAAACUAAAAAUUUGUCGUUCUUUAAUUUUGUAAGUGUUUUUCAGUGGUUCUAAAAUGUUUGUCCAUGACCUGCUUUUCUGAAAGGAAGCUUUAUUUCUUGAUAAUGUUUCUUACAAAAUAAUCUGUUCUCAAAAUAUUACCACAUCAUUAUUGUGAAAUAUUGUGUGAAACAAAGGUGUAAUCAGUUUUAUUCAGUAUUAUUGUGCAUCAAUCCUUUUUUUUCCCCCCAACACUGCCACAGAUAUUUCUCAGGAAAAGUUGAAUCAAUUGCAAUGUGCUACUGAUUUCUUAUUAAUUUUUUUAAAUAAAACAAAUGGGAUUGUUCAGAAAAAGAAA